AUGCAGCCCGGGCGACCAGCGACCUUUGUGGAGGGCUUCCAUGAUGAGGAGGCCGUGAAGAAGAUGCCGUAUCGGCAGCUGAGCCACACCGGGUGGACAGUGGCGCCACUGGCUCUGGGUGGAUCGGCAUUUGGUUCCGUGUUUGGAGACACCUCUGAUACGGAGAGUGCGGCUGUCAUUCGCUCCGCCAUACAGCGAGGCAUUAAUCUGGUCGAUACGGCACCUUGGUAUGGUCACGGCAAGAGCGAGAGGGUCCUGGGACAGACUUUGCCCCACCUACCCCGCGACAGCUUCUACCUCAUGAGCAAGGUGGGACGAUACAAGCCCAACGUGCAGGAGAUGUUUGACUUUCGCGCCGAGCGCGUCCUUGCUAGCAUCGACGAGUCCCUUGAGCGCCUUGGCGUGGCCUAUUUGGAUGUUGGGCAGGUGCAUGAUCCCGAAUUUGCGCCCUCGCUUGAUUUGAUCUGCUCUGAGACACUUCCUGCUCUGCUCAAGGCCAAGGAGGCCGGCAAGAUCCGCCACAUUGGCAUCACGGGUUAUCCUCUGGAUGUGCACCAUUAUCUGGUCGAACACAGCCCUGUGCGCAUUGAUACGGCUUUGACGUAUUGCCACUAUACCCUCAAUGAUUCAACGCUACUGGAACAUUUGGACUUUUACGCUGCCCACGACAUUGACGUGAUCAAUGCCAGCGCCCUCUCGAUGGGCCUACUAAGCACCGACGGGCCACCAAGCUGGCAUCCGGCAGGGCCGGCCAUCAAGGCCGCGUGUCAGGACGCGUUGGCUUUGUGCCAGAGUCGUGGUGUCAACUUGAGUCGGUUGGCCUUACACUACAGUCUGUCCAAUCCCCGAAUCGCCACAACGCUGGUAUCCACGGCCCACUUGGCGCAGCUGGAGGCCAACUUGGACGUGUGCCUUCACGGGUUGGCGCCGGUCGAGACUAGCACGCUGGAUGAGCUGUGCACUGGCGUGUUUGGGUCUUUGCAUGGAAAAGAGACGUGGGAGGGUGUCGAGGUUGACAACUACUGGAAACAACUUGGACAACGCCCAAAUGUGACCUCGUGA